AUGUCUCACCUUCAGUAUUACUCCUACAAGGGGGAGGGGGAGGAGAGAAUGAAGAAUUUCGGGUAUAAUCAAGCGGUCAGAGUAGGCGAUCGGAUUGAGUGCUCUGGGCAAGGUGGAUGGGACCCGGAGACAGGAGAAUUCUACCAAGACCUUGACGAACAAAUCGACCAAGCAUUCAAAAACGUGGACAUAAAUCUUCGGGAUGCUGGAGGCCAAGGAUGGUCUCAGGUGUAUAAAGUCAGCUCAUUUCACGUCCCUCUUGGUAUGGAAGCAGCAGGUGCAAUGAUUCGUAAUUUUGCAAAAUGGAUGCCCAACCACAAACCAAUCUGGACAGCUAUAGGGGUCGCAGGCCUAGGCGGAACGACUGAGAUGAAGGUUGAGAUUGAAGUAAUUGCCCAUGAUGAACAAGGGGCCAAGGCGGCGAAGCGAGGCCAGUAA